ACACAGGCUGUGCUCCGAGCCGCAAACAGGUGGAUGAGUGUCGGCGUGAUCUUUACCCGUACUCCGCUCCGCUCAGCUUCGUUUCUCUACUAUUCUAAACAUUAGUACUUUGCACACAAUCACCGUUCAAAGAACGCGCUGUCCUAUUUCUGUCUCCAAAUGGUUACAGUUUAGCCUAGUACACAGCUGAAGCUGGAUUCAGUCCCUGAUCGUGACUUUUGCGCAAUCGACACAGCAUACUAUCCUCGCUAUUCCCCAGUACAGGGUCUGGAGCACUGUGUACACCCAUCCAUGGAUAUUCCAGAUGUGUACAAGCUAGAAACCCAUAAUGUAUCUGCACACUCUUUCUCUGAGAACUUUCCUCUUUCUGGGACUAUGGCAAUCUGGUAGAAGGAGCUUUGCAACUGCCCCAUAUCUUGGAGAUCAGCCCAAGAAAAUUGCUGUUGUUGGAGCAGGAAUCGGUGGUACAGCUACAGCAUAUUAUCUGAGACAGGAGUUUGGUCCAGGGGUCAAGAUUGAUGUUUUUGAGUCUGGUGCGGUUGGUGGGCGUCUAGAAACGGUUAAGGUUGGUGAUUACGAAUAUGAAGUGGGCGGAUCCAUUAUACAUCCUCUCAACCUCCAUAUGAAACACUUUGUGGACAGAUUAGGCAUUUCUCCAAGGAAAGACGUUGCAUCCAAAAUGGCUAUUUUUAAUGGAAAGGAACUAAUCUUUGAGGAGAGUGACUGGUUCAUCAUAAAUUUUCUGCGCUUUCUAUGGAGAUAUGGAUUCAACCUUAUACGAAUGCAGAUGUGGGUGGAAAGUAUUUUGGAUAAAUUUAUGCGGAUCUAUCAGUACCAGCAAUAUGGGUACUCCUUCUCUAGUGUGGAGAAACUCUUGCAUGCCAUGGGUGGUGAUGGAUUUCUGACUCUUAUGAACCAAACACUGGAGGAAACGAUGAUUGGUGAAGGAUUUUCACAAGUUUUCAUCAAUGACCUAGUUGAACCCAUCACUCGAGUAAAUUACGGUCAAAGUGUACGCAUCAAUGGGUUUGUAGGAGCAGUGUCUUUAGCUGGUGCAGAUUCAGGCCUUUGGGCUGUAGAUGGCGGCAAUAAAAGAGUUUGCUCAGGAUUGUUGUAUAACAGCAAAAGUGACCUGAUCCCAGCCAAAGUAACCUCAAUAGCAGUAAAAGUUCGACCAUCUAAGUCAGGGGCUGCAGCCAGCUUCUAUGAGGUCAACUAUAUUGGGGAAGAUGGUGCUGCUCAUUCUUUGUAUGACAUUGUAAUAAUUGCUACUCCACUUCACUCGGGUAAAUCGGACAUCACCUUUUCUGGUUUCUCCCCACCCAUCCCCUCGCACUACCCUGGGCAAUUCCAUCAGACUGUUGCAACACUGGUUGAUGGCCUUCUGAAUGUGUCUUUUCUGGGGACCACAGCAGCCGCCUCAGAUUUUAUGGUUUCUGAUGUCCGCACCACAGCUUCAGAGGGCUCCAUCAUCAACAGUCUGAGCUCACUGGACCCUGUGCACAUUCCUCCUGGGUACAAACCAACACCUGCAAGCCACAAGAAAGUCUGGAAGGUCUUCUCCUCAGACCCACUGACACAGGAGCAGCUGAAGAAUAUGUUCCUUUCAUGGAAUUCUGUGUCUGAAACACGCUGGUUGGCCUAUCCAGCUUACUCUCCACCACAACGAAAAACCCCACCAUUCAUUCUACACAGCCGUCUGUACUAUCUAAAUGCCGUGGAGUGGGCUGCCAGUGCGAUGGAGAUGAGUGCCAUUUCAGCAAGAAACUUGGCUUUAUUGGCUCACCAUCGCUGGAAUGAACAGGAUGGCAAAAUUGACCAGGAAGAUUUACACACAAGGCUCCGAGGAGAACUCUGAGAAAAAAAGUCAAAGUCAAAAAUACUGCACUGAAAUGGUCAGGGCUAAGCUCUUCAGGUAUCUGUGUGGAUGUGUUUUUUAAUUUCAAGCAAAUUCUGUGUAAUAAUUUUAAUUAUACAGUUUAGGUAGAGUAAACAGCUAAAGUUUGUUCAGUGACAUUUUGGGUGUAUGGUGGUCAUUUAGAUCACUUUGUCUGGGAAUGUCACAUGGGUAUUCAUUUAUUGAUUCAUAUACUUCUGUAUAUUUACAUUAAGCAACAGGAUUGCCUAUUGCCUAUUUUAGUAAAUCCAGUUGUAAAGGCCACAACACUGUGAGCUACACACUGCAGGGCAGAGCACUAAAUAUUGCUCCAUUGGUGUAGAAAUAUUUAAUUUUUGAAUGUCUUAAUUGUUUGCAUUAAUGGAUUUCACUCGAGGGAAAAAAAAAGAAACUCAUACACAGUUGCUGACCUUCAUUUAAUAUGUCGAGGCACAGUUAACUAACUACUACAACUAAGUUGGGUUGUAACAUUAUUUCCUCUAUGUCAUUGAUAGGAUUAUCAAAUUCUGCUUCAUGUGGCCAUAUCCAAUUUCUUAUAUAAUUGUUGUGUGUUAACUGCUGAGAAAUGCUUAGUUUUGCAACUUGUCUGAAUAUUCAGCAAUAAUAUUCUUAAUAUUUGCACUUUUAAUAAAUUAACCUGUUGCAAAAACAAAAAUUAAGCCGUGAGCUCAUUUAAAUCCAAAUGGUUACAAUAAAUGUGAUAUAAAUGGG